AUGCUCUUUCCUGGAAAGGCUUUAAUUCCUCUCCUUCAAAAGGCUUUAAUUCCUCUCCUUCGUGACUGUCUCAUUCAUUGCUCUCCUUUUUAUUCAUGCUCUUUCCUGGAGAAAGGCUUUAAUUCUCUCCUUCGUGACUGUCUCAUUCAUUUACAUGCUCUUUCCUGGAGAAAGCAUUCCUCUCCUUUAAUUCCAUUCUCAUUUCGUGACGCUUUAAUUGUCUCAUUCACUGUUUUCAUACUCUUUCCUGGAAAGGCUUUAAUUCCUCUCCUUCGUGACUGUCUCAUUCAUUUUACAUGCUCUUUCCUGGAGUCUCAUUCAAAGGCUCUGGAGAAAUUCCCUCUCCUUCGUGACUGUCUCAUUCAUUUUACAUCCUCUUUCCUGGAAAAAAAGCUCUUUAAUUCCUAUCCUUCAUUGACUGUCUCAUUCAUUUUACAUGCUCUUUCCUGGAGAAAAGCUUUAAUUCCUCUCCUUCGCUUUAAUUCCUCUCAUAUCGUGAUUGUCUCAUUCAUUUUUACAUGCUCUUUCCUGAGAAAAAGGCAUUUUACAUACUCUUUCCUUCUUCUUUCUUUGACUGUCUCAUUCAUUUUACAUGCUCUUUCCUGA